AUGGCAAACAUCCAUAUGAUUGAACAAGCAUUGUCGCCAGAGAUCCUCUCGCAGUUGGUCCAAGUCCUCAACAAACUCGUCGCAGAAGUAGACAACAAGCAACGGGCUGCCACUGAAGAUGAACUAAACAACAACUGGCUCCAUGCUCAACCAGGUCUCUUGCUCUCUGGCCUCGCAAACAUAUUGCGCUCACAUCCUGAUCCUACUAUGCGUUCAUUCGCUGCUAUUAUAUUACGACGAUGUGCCUUGAGAUCGCCUGUCAUCAGUCAAGAUAGUCUCGCCUACUGGUUGACCGUAGGUGAUCAAGUCACUUCCUAUGUCAAGACGGAAUUGUUGCGCUCGCUUGCCGAAGAACAAGAGGCUUCCGUCAGACGAAAGGUCUGUGACACCAUCGCCGAAAUCGUGAAAUACAUGCUUCUCAAGUCAUUGGUAUGGGGUGAAUUGAUCGAGGCCGUCUAUCAAUGCACUCGUGCACCCACUGCUGAUCAUCGUGAAAGUGCAAUGCGAAUAUUGGCUGCUGUUCCUGGCCUCAUCACGAGUCAAGAAGUCGAGGCUGUCAAGAAUGUCUUCCAAACUGCCUUCCAAGAUCCCAACGUUGACGUACAAAUGACUGCAUUCAAAGCUUAUGUGAGUUACCUCCUCGAUACCAAUGCUGAAAGUAGACAAGCUGCUAGCUCAUUGAUCCCUACCGCAUUAUCUGCCAUGCAUAGUGCUUUAGAAGCCAAGGCUGAAACACAAGUCAUGGAGUCACUCUCGUAUUUCAUUGAUCUGGCCGAAUUUUACCCAAAGACACUCCGCCCCGUUAUGCCACGACUGGUGCCCUACAUGAUUCAAAUAAUGUCAACAACCACUUUAGAAGCUGGUACUAGACAUACAGCUCUCGAAUUACUACUGACACUAGCAGAAAGUGCAUCUGCUAUGAUGCGAAAGCAAGACUCGUUUGCCAAAACCAUUAUACCCCAACUAUUGGAAUGGAUGGCCGAUGUCGAUGAUGAUCAAGAAUGGUAUACAACCACAGAUCUUGAAGAUAUGGAUAAUGAAGACUUUUGUAUGGUCGGAGAACAAGCCAUGGAUCGUCUGGCACGAUGCAUUGGUGGCAAGACUGUCGUUCCCAUAACCUUCAGUUUGAUUCCAAAAAUGAUUAGCUCUCCUGAAUGGCAAAAGAGGUACUCAGCACUCAUGGCCAUAUCUUCCAUCGGUGAAGGAUGCAUCAAGAUCAUCGAGCCAGAACUUGCAAACGUCUUAUCACUUGUUGCUCCAUACAUACGUGAUCCACACCCACGUGUACGAUACGCUGCAUGCAAUACCCUAGGUCAAAUGUCAACUGAUUUUGCUCCAACGGUUCAAGAAACCUAUCACGCUUUGGUCGUUCCAGCUUUAUUAGCAGCCAUGGAAGAUGUCCAAUUUCCUCGUGUUCAAGCUCAUGCUGCUUGUGCUUUGGUAAACUUUACCGAAGAUGCCGAAAAGCAACAUCUGGAGCCAUACUUGGAUGGAAUAUUUCAACGUCUGUUGGUCCUGCUGAACACGGACAAAAUGUACUUGCAAGAACAAGCCAUCACUAGCAUUGCAACUGUCGCCGACUCGGCUGGUGACAAGUUUAUAAAGUAUUAUGGAGCCAUCAUGCCAUUACUCAUCGGCGCAUUGCGACAAGCUACUCAAAAAGAGUUGCGCUUGCUGAGAGGAAAGGCAAUGGAAUGUGCCUCUCUCAUCGCAUUGGCAGUCGGAAAGGACAUGUUUGCGCCCAAUGCAGCAGAACUCAUCGAUUUGUUGAAGACUACUCAAGCUGGAAUCACGGAACAAGACGACCCACAAAGCUCAUAUCUUUUGGCAGCUUGGGCUAGAAUAUGUAAAACUUUAGGACAUGACUUUGCACCGUACUUAGAUAUUGUUAUGCCACCUCUACUAAAAAGUGCUCAAAUCAAGCCAGACUUUGCCGUUUGUGAAACUGAAGAAGAGAUCCUUGAAAAGUUUGAAGACGGAGACAAUUGGCAAUUUGUUGAAGUAGAAGGCCAGAGGAUCGGUAUCAAGACAGACUUGCUAGAAGAAAAAUGCACAGCGGUCGAAAUGGUCAUGUGCUAUGCUCGAGAGCUCGGAGCAGAAUUUGAUCGUUAUGUCGACACAAUACUAUCUAUUGUGAUUCCGUUACUAAAAUUUUACUUCCAUGAUGGUGUACGUCUCGCAUCAGCAGCUGUUAUUCCACAACUUUUUGAAUCAAUGAGAAAGGCCAAUGCAGCCCCAGCACGAGUUAGUGCUCAUUGGGACAAUGUCAGCACGAAUUUGAUGGAAGUUAUCAAUCAAGAAAUUGAUCCAUCAUUCCUGUGUCAGUUUUAUGUUACCUUUACAGAGUGUAUCGAAUGUCUAGGUCCUAAUUGUCUCAGUCCGCAAAUGCUCGAAAGUUACACACAAACUCUAAAGAGUGAAUUGCAAGAACAUUUCAAACGAAUUGCUGAAAAUGCACGUGCCAGAAAGGACGAGGACUUUGAUGCUGAAGACGAAGAAGGGCUAGCUGAGAGCCAAGAAGAUGACGAUUCUUUACUGAGCGAGUUUUCCAAGUCACUUCAGAUGGUUAUCAAAUUACACGGCGCUGCUUACUUGCCAUGUUUCGAGGGGCUCCUUAUACCAAUAUUGCAAGAAUAUCAGACGAGUUCCAGUGAAGCUGCUCGUCAGUUUGCAGUUUGUGCAUGGGACGAUGUGAUUGAAUAUAUGGGUCCUAUAUCGUUCUCUUAUCACAACCGCUUCUGGGAGGUUCUUGUACGCAGCCUGCAAGAUACGUCUGUAGAAGUUCGACAAGCAGCCGCUUAUGGUGUCGGCCAAGCUGCGCAACACGGAGGUCCUAGUUUUGCUCCCCUCUGCACCGCUGCCAUCCCCAACUUGUUUGCACUGGUCAAUAUACCUGAUGCAAGGUCUGAGGAGAACGUCUUGCCAACCGAGAAUGCCAUCUCUGCUGUCGGAAAGAUAUGUAAAUAUUAUGGUUCUUCCUUUGAUGUCAAUCCUGUUCUUGGAGCAUGGUUGCUUGUCCUGCCAGUGAUUGAGGACCAACAAGAAGCACCAUUCGUGUAUGAAUACCUGAUAGAGCUCAUUGAAAGCAACAAUGGUGUGAUUCUUGGGCAAAGCAAUGCAAAUAUCCCUCGUUUGAUUGGUAUCUUUGCGCAUGCAUUGACGGUAGAAGAGUUAGUGUCUGAUGAGCUAUCGUCUCGCAUGGCAGCAUUGUUAAAAUCAAUGAUUGCUGCGGUAGGCUCUCCAGUAUUAGAACCGAUCUGGGCAUCACUUCCUGAAGAUAAACGUCGCAUGCUCACUCAGAAGGGAAUUUUUUCGUAA